AUGACCUCCUCCACUGAUGAUUCUGGUGACAUCUCUGCAGAGUUGUUAUGCCAGUCCACUACACCUACAAGCUCUGCAACUCAGACCAAAAGUGCCAAUGUUCUUCACCUUGUCAUGAUCCUCUACAACAACAACUCCUACCAGCGCACUCUGCUGCCAUCUCGAGAAUCGGCUGAGAGCGAUCCAGCCCUCAAACUUUGCAAACAUCCCAUUUUUCAGGAUAUCUCCAAGAUGAUUUUCCCAGGUGCAUCUGUCGAUCCCAAUCGCAUCAAGUCCAAGCUGAGGUGGCUGCUAGAGACAUACUACAGGGAGAAGAAGAAGCUUUCACCCACUGGAGCUGGUACACUGCUGGAGGACAUGGAUGCAUCCAACCUGUCCUAUGUAUCUCGCAUUGCCCUGUCAACAAAUCUCGACUUCACCAGCGAUGACAAGCCUGACAUGCCUUCAAAUGGCUCAGCUGACAUACCCAUGGAUAUUUGUGGCAGCAAGCUGUACAAUCACAGCACUCACGGCUGUGGUUUGCCUCCUAUUCUCGACUUGAUUGAACCCACCAACCCCCUGGCUGCUGUUGCAUCCACUUCUGGUGCAUCCUUUGCUGGCACUGGUGAUGAUGACAUCUUUAACACACCUUCACCUCCACCUUUGCAGGCUUGA